CUUAAAGCGGAAGGACAAUUGGGCAGACGAUGAAACGUUUGCCCUCGUAAAUAUAUGGCAUGAGAAUCUUGCAAAUUUAAGAAAAAGUAAACGCAACCGUGUGGUUUAUGAAGGAAUGAGCUGUUCUUUCAAAACAUACGGAUUUACACGGAGUUCUGCAGAGAUCUCGAAAAAAAUACAAAACUUAAACCGGCGUUACAGGGAAGAAAAAACUAAGAUUGGCACAACUGGAGGAGAACCGUCCAAAUGGAGAUUUUUUCAAGCGGUGCAUGAAGUGAUUGGGGUGCUACCGUGCCAAGAUGCAUCGUCAAUGGUGGAAAGCAUGGAUAACAGCUUUCUGGCCGAUGAAAAUACAUCUUUAGUGACAGACAUGUCUCUUGAAGAGGACUGCCAGGAAGGUGGAGCAUUACCAAAUCAACUACCUGCUGCAGAUCCAGUAGAAGAUGUUGGUGUCGGUAGUCCCCGGCCUGAACUUCCCGAGCUGGAACCAGUAGCUGGUCCAUCAAAUCAAGAAGAUUCUGUUGUACCCCAGAGACCAAAGAGAAGAAGAGUUGACGGAGGGAAAAAGACCCGAUUUUUGGGCGAAUUGUUACAAAAAUUCAAUAACAUACAGCAGAAUAAUAACGAUAAUUCGAAAGAAAUGCUGAAUAUAAUGAAGCAAUCUGUAGAAAAUGACGCCACAAUGGUUGAGAAGCAGGACAAAGUUCUUGAAAAAUUUAUGAUGUUGAAUACAGCAAAAACUGACAGUUUGAAAUGUGAAGAUCAAUGGUCAAUGACAAAACUGAAGGUUACUUGA